AUGGCUUCCUCAACAAACACAACAACCAAGGAUGAACAAUCCAUCCCAAACAACAGCGCUCUGCGUAACUACUAUGAGUCAUGGGACUCUCGCAUUGUGUACAAAGUCAUUAUGGGAGGGACUCAGCAUUUUGGGUAUUGGGACAAGGACACAUACUGGCCAUUCCCACUGACACCACAACUGCGACGAAUGGAAGAGAAACUACUUGAGAUCAUCAAUCUCCCUCAAGGCUCUCAGAUUCUCGAUGCAGGAUGCGGCGUAGGCCAUGUCACUCGCUACUUUGCACAGCAUGGUAUGCGCAUGCUCGGAAUUGAUAUCAUCGACUGGGCGAUAGAUGAUGCUCGCACUGUCGUCCAAGAUGCGAAACUCUCCGAGUCUCAGAUGCGGAUUGAGAAGAUGGACUACCAUGAUCUGAGUUCUAUUCAAGACUCCUCACUAGACGGCGUCUGCACAAUGCAAUCCCUUAGCCAUGCCUACGAUCCCAAGAGCGCAAUGGCAGAAUUUUACCGCGUCACCCGUCCAGGAGGCCGUAUAGCCAUGGUCGAAGUAGAACGCAAAACACCCAACACUAUCGAUGAUCCAAAUGAUCAGUUGACUCAGGUUAUGAAGAUGGUGAACGAGUACACUGUCAUGCCUACCAAUGAAGCAGCGCACUUCGACUACUUCAAGGGUCUUCUUGAAGAAGCGGGAUAUAUGAACAUUGAGGUGAGAGAUUGGCAGUCUAAUAUCAUGCCCAUCAUCAGAUUGUUCUACGUACUUGUGGCGGUUCCGUAUUAUUUGCUUAGGUCGUUUGGGGUUGAGAAGUGGUUCAUUAAUAUGAUUUGUGCUGCAAGUGCGUUUUUGGGGAGGGAUAGAUGGAGGUUUGUUGCUAUUACUGCAACGAAACCCGGUGGGAAGGUCGAGGGUUCUAAGACCAAGUAA